AUGGCAUCAACUCUACCAAACUCGGCUAUUUUCAAAACUCUAGCUGGGCAUGAUGCUGCAAAAGUAGCGGUUAUUCAUAGUCAGUCAGGAAGAGCCUUCACUUACGGCAGUCUUUUGCAUGACAUUGCCGCGACCAAAGAUGUUCUGUGGGAGAGAGGACAGAAACAAUCUCUAAGAGGAGAACGUAUAGCUUUCCUGGCUGAGAAUGGCUACGACUACGUCGUAACCUUCCUCUCCAUCCUCGCCCACGAUGCUAUUGCUCUUCCUCUUUCUCAUGGCUUCCCUAGCUCGGAGAUCCGAUACAUCCUAGAAGACAGCAAGGCCAAAUUCUUCCUCUCGACAGAGAAAUUCGAGGACAAAGCGAGAGAUGUCCUCAAGGAACAUAUCAGCUUAAAACCCAAGCUUGAAGUUCUGCCCAAAAUCGAGACUGGUGCGCAGUCGGCAGAAAAUGUUAAAUUCAGGGACAAAGACUUACGCCAUGGUGGCUUCAUGCUGUAUACUUCAGGCACGACAAACAGACCCAAGGGCGUUGUACUAUCCACCUCGGUCCUGAUGGCACAGGCUAAAUCCUUGAUCGAGGCUUGGAACUACUCGCAAGCAGAUCAUCUACUUCACGUACUACCACUCCAUCACAUACACGGUACCGUCAAUGCACUUUUUACACCGUUGAUAGCUGGAGCAACCAUUGAAUUCGCCUUCCCCUUCAAUGCCGACCUCACUUGGAAGCGAUUCGCUGCACCUUUCCUAACACCAAACACAACCUCAGGUAUCCCUCCAAUCACCUUUUUCACUGUAGUGCCCACAAUAUACAGUCGCCUGCUUAGCUCUUUCUCCAGUCUCGACGACACUGUUCAGAAUGCUGCAAAACGUUCUCUAGCACCAACCAACCUUCGUCUCAAUAUCUCGGGUUCUGCAGCUCUACCUACGCCAAUUAAGCAAGCAUGGACAGAGCUGAGUGGUGGCAAUGUUCUACUAGAGCGCUACGGCAUGACUGAGGUCGGAAUGGCUCUCUCUUGUGGUCUUGACUUUGCCGACCGUGUAGACGCUAGUGUUGGUUGGCCUCUACCCUCGGUCGAGGUAAGGCUUGUCGACGUUGACUCUGGUCAGGUCAUUCAGCCAGGCCACGAAAAGACCGUCGAUGGAAGGUUCCGUGAGGGCGAAAUUCAAUUAAGAGGCCCAACAAUCUUUUCCGAAUACUGGCAAAACCCAACUGCGACAGCAGAGGAAUUUGUGGAUGCUGAAGAUGGUCAGCAAAAAUGGUUCAAGACGGGUGAUGUAGCUACAAGGCAAGAGAUACAAGCUGCUGGUCAAAGUGGUCAAACCUGGGCCAAAGGACCAAUGUAUUUCAUCAGAGGCCGCAAGAGCGUCGAUAUCAUCAAGACUGGCGGCGAAAAAGUCUCUGCUUUAGAAGUCGAGCGUGAACUUCUAUCCCUGCCGCAGGUCUCAGAGGCAGCUGUAGUAGGCUUAGAUUCCGACCAGUGGGGACAGAAAGUUGCUGCGGUCAUCGUGCUCAGUGAUCAAGGCAAAACAGCUGGUAAGGGUGGAAAGCCCUGGGGUGCAAUGGACAUGCGUCGUGCUCUCAAAGACCGCCUCAUUAACUACAAGCUCCCUCAGGAACUGAAAGUUGUCGAGAGCAUCCCUCGAAACGCCAUGGGGAAAAUCAACAAGAAGGCUCUUGUGAAAGAGUUGUUUUGA